AUGGUCUACGUUAUGGAAAUUUACACUGAUGGCGGCUGUAGAGGUAACGGAAGACCGGGGGCGAUUGGAGCCGCUGCCGCCGUUUUUGUGCCAAAAUACGGUCGCAACACCUGCUGGACGGACUGUCUACCUCAAUAUCCUCCGCCAACAAGCCAACGUGCCGAAAUCCAAGCCAUAAUCCUGGCACUUGAGAAAGCCCUAUCGUUAUAUCAUGACCUUGACAAUGACCCAAGGCUUGAUGUAACUGUUUACUCUGAUUCAAGAUAUGCGGUUGGCUGCAUGUCACAGUGGAUUUACAAGUGGGUUAAGAAUGGCUGGAUCAAUUCUGCGGGUAAUGAUGUUGCGAAUCAAGAUCUUCUAAAGAAGGCUUCGGAUCUUGAUGACGAUUUGAGAGAUCAGGGGAAAGUGGAGUAUGUCUGGAUUCCGAGGGAUAAGAACCAGGAUGCGGACAGAUUGUGCAACGAGGUCCUGGACGACCAAUCACCACCAUCACCAUCAUCAUCAUCAUCAUCGUCAUCAUACUAUUAA